AUGAGAUACCCUGCUUUGCAAAUUCCCAUAUACCUUUCUUGCUGGACUGCGGUCUGGUUCUGGGGACCCACGAUUGGACCAGUGGUAGCUGGCUUUGCUGUUCAAGCGAAAGGAUGGCGCUGGGGACUUUGGGAGAUAGUUUGGCUGACAGCGCCGUUGUUUUUGCUGUUGAGCUUUGCAUUGCCAGAAACGUCCGCUGACAAUAUUCUUCACCGUCGUGCCGCCAGGUUGAGGAAGAUCACGGGUCGAAAAGACAUACUUGCUGCUAGUGAGAUUGCGCAAGCACAACUGACAACUGGAGACGUCGUUUGGGAUGCGCUCAUCAAGCCGAUGGAGAUUAUGAUCAAAGAUCCGGCCGUUCUUUUUACUAACAUAUAUACUUCCUUGACUUACGGCAUUUACUAUUCCUUUUUCGAAGCGUUUCCAUUGGUAUAUCCUCAGGUAUAUGGGUUCAACAUUGGCGAAACUGGGCUUUGCUUCCUCACAAUUGGUAUUGCCUGCCUUAUAGGGAUAAGUAUUUUUUACACAUACCAAUUUUGCUAUCUACUUCCCGAGAUACGGAAAAACGGUCCACGCGCACCAGAGCACCGACUAGUUCCAGCGCUUUUCGCUGUUAUCACUCUGUCGGCCGGGUAUUUCAUGUUUGGAUGGACAGUGAAGAGCGACAUUCCUUGGACUGUCAGUCUCGUUGGAGUUGUGAUCCUGGUGACAUCCAACUUCUUAAUCUUCCAAAGCGUGUUCGUCUAUCUCCCAAUGUCAUACCCUAAAUACGCUGCUUCUCUAUUUGCAGCAAAUGAUCGCUGCCGGUCUGUAUUUGCUGUCGCCUGCAUCCUCUUUGCAAGACCAAUGUUCGAGAAUUUGGGGAUUGGAGGCGGAGUAUCUCUGCUGGCUGGUCUGUCAUGCUUGGGUAUUGCCGGAAUGUUUGCGCUGUGGAAAUACGGAGCAUGGCUGCGAUCGAAGAGUUCUUUUGCAACCAGUUAG